UUAUUUGGGCAUUGUGGGACAGGGAGCCAUGUUGCAAUGGCGGUGGUGUUUUGUGAUGAUUGCAGAGAAAAUAUGUGCGUAUUUCUUCUGUUUAGUGAACUUCUCCCACAUUUUCACCCAUAAAAGUACAACUGAGAUUGAGCGCUGCUCCAAAGCCUGAGUAAAAUUGUGUUGUAAGUUGUGUUGAUAUUUUUGCAUCGAAAAAAAAGGGACCUCAGAGAAACUGAGAGAAUCGAGAUUAGAACAAAAAAGAAAAAAAGAGUGAACAUUUGUUUCGGACAUGAACGCUGAAGAUUCUGAACAAAGUGCUAUUUCUGUGAAAACGGAACCGACCUCAUCGGCAGCUUCUGGGCAUCACAAUACCGCAGCAAUACAGCAAAAGCACGAGCUACCAGACGAUCAGCUGAGACUGCUGGAAGGUACAGAACAUUCUCAUCAUCUUGCCAAGUGUUAAGUUCCUCUUGGGGAUCUCUCUUUCGGCUCUAAAACAGCCUCCACGGCCAAAUUGUGUGCUAUUGAACUCACCAAACACACAUUCUCUUGGUUUGAUGAACAAAAACAAAAAAAGAAACAGUGGAGACUAAUGUACAGAAGAGCGAAAGAAGGUGUGCUUUCAGUCGGCAAAUUCUUGUUAGUUUUUUUUUUUUAGAGAUUUCUCAAAGUGAAAGUGCCAAGUGUUGAACACGUGUUAGAAGAAAGAGUGCUUGAAAUCCUCCCCAGUGAUUAUGCCAAAAAAGAAGCCUCGUGCUUCUCCGGGGGAGUAGUGUCCUGUGCUAAAAAGUGUUUUAGUUGGAUAUCAGUGAUAGAAUCUCAUCGUCAGCAAUUCCACCGUCUCUUCCUCUUCUUGUACAGCAAAUCCACAUAAUCUCACAAUUUAGUAGAACAGUAAUAAUCUGUAGUUAAAUAACCGUAGAAAAGAUCCCAAUAAUGGUAAUAUUUCUCAAAAAAUGAAAAGAAAAAAAUCAAAGUGAUUUUGAGGCACUUUUCUCCAAAAAAAAAAAAUAAAAACGAAAGAUUUUUUAAUCCAAUGCAUUUCAUUGGAAUGUGUGUGUUUUUAGCUCAAAAAAGUGAAAGGUAAAUUUGUGCAUUUUGUGCUACAAAACAAAACAAAAAAAAAGAAAAUUUCGAAAAAAAGAAAAUCUAGCAAUAAAUAAUUGUGCUUAAAGUUCAUUGAACAAUGCAUUGAUUUUUGAGACAGUCUCGCCUAAAAGAACAAUUACAAGGUGGGAAGAUGUGGAAAGAUCUCUAUAUUCUGUCCACUGAAGAACUUCAACUUGUGCGCCAACAAUAUGCUGAAUCGCAGCGUCGAGAGCGGAUUUUGGUGCGGCGGCUAGCUAACAAAGAGCAGGAGAUGCAGGAUUAUGUGACACAAAUAUCCGAACUGAAGGCUGCUCAGGCACCAGGACCAAGUGCUCUCAAAAAUGCAUUGCUCGAUCCGGCAGUGAAUUUACUUUUUCAGAAACUCAAGACAGAACUCGUGCAAACACGAGCUCGUCUCGAGGAGACUCAGAAUGAACUGUCAGCGUGGAAAUUCACGCCUGAUUCUAAUACGGGGAAACGACUCAUGGCAAAAUGUCGGUUGCUGUAUCAGGAAAAUGAGGAGCUGGGCAAGAUGACGUCCAAUGGACGUCUGGCCAAGCUGGAAGGGGAUCUGGCACUCCAGAAAAAUAUUAGUGAGGAACUCAAGAAGACCCAGCUAGAUCUGGAUGAGGUACUUAUGGAGCUGGAAGAGGAUCUCGAGGGCAUGCAGAAUACGAUUGUGCUGAUGCAGCGCGAAUUGCAGGGGGCUAAUGAGAAGAUAGCUAGCCUGGAGCGGGAGAAUGGGGAGUUGAGGCGGAGCUUGGGGGGUGAACAUGUGAAUGGAUGUGGUGAAAUGGACGUGAAUUGUGGUAGUAGUAGUGCAAGAACGGCAAGAAAUGUUGAGAAUGUUUGUUUGAACAAUGGCGAGAUGGCCAAUUGCAAUGACGCCCGGACAAGCACUGUUGUGUGUGAUGGCAGAGUGAUGGGGGAGCCGAAUGGGGGCUGCUCGGUGGCCGGUGGAGGCCCAGUAGAACCGAUGGCGGUUGAUGGUGAAAAUGCUUGUAGUAAAAGUAAUAAGCGGACGUACGAUGAAAGUGAUUCAAGUGAAUUUAGUACAUGUAGCAAGAGGCGGGCUUCGUUAGUGAAUCAACAACAACAACAGACACCUGAUGAGGAGGAUGAGAGCAUCAAAGUACAGAAUUUCACCGCAUUGACUCAGAAUGGAACGUUAAGCAAAACUUAGGAAUGCAGACGUUUUUUUUUUUUUGAAGAGAGAUUGUAGAAAGAUAAAUGCAUUAAUACUAAAACGACAUUGAUACAAUUCUUCAUUUUAUUUUAAUAAAAGAAAAUAUUCAUUCAACUAA